UCCAAAGUCUUCCCAGACAAACUGUACUAUGCCUGCUAAGCAAAGAGAGAGCGAGAGACUGACUGAGCGGAGAACUGAGCCGCAACGCAGGGGUCCGGAAAGGAACUCAAGUUGUGCUUCAUACGGGGACUUCCUGUGGUUCAGCAGGGACACCGAAUAAGGCAUGGGAGUUUGCAGGAGAAGCAAAGCACCGGCAGAGGUGAAGGAGGCCGUUUUCCUCAGGAGGAAGAUCACCCUCAUCCGCGUCAUCGCCUUGGGGGUGGGCACCAUGGUGGGGAGCGGCAUCUUCAUUUCCCCCAAAGGAGUCUUGCAAAACUCAGGCAACGUGGGGGUCUCCUUACUGGUGUGGCUGGCUUGUGGGAUCCUAUCACUAUUUGGAGCCCUGUCCUAUGCAGAUCUUGGAACGUGCAUCACCAAGUCCGGCGGUCAUUACAUUUACCUGCUAGAGACACUUGGGCCACUGCCUGCUUUUCUAAGAUUAUGGGCGGAAUUUGUUAUGAUCCGACCUGCAAAUAUGGCUGUGGUGUCCUUGGCAUUUGGUCGGUAUUUAAUCGAGCCUUUCUUUGCCCCGUGUGAUGUCCCUCCUUUGGCUGUGAAACUGAUCACCACCACAGGAAUCACCCUAGUCAUAGUCCUCAACUGCUGGAGUGUGAGCUGGUCUGCCAACAUACAGAUAUUCCUCACAGCCCUCAAGAUGGUCACGGUUGGUCUGAUCAUUGUUCCUGGGAUGAUGGCUCUGGGAAAUGGCCACUAUGAAAAUUUCCAGGACAGCUUUAACACAACUUCGCUGACACUCGACAAGCUUCCUCUUGCUUUUUAUUCUGGGAUGUUUGCCUAUGGAGGCUGGUUCUAUAUCAGCUUUGUAACAGAGGAAAUUGUAAAUCCUAAACGGAAUAUCCCACUCGCUGUAAUAGUGUCCUUGGCCGUUGUUACAGGGUGUUACAUCCUUACCAAUGUGUCUUACUACGCAGUCCUGACACCACAUGAGAUUCUCAACUCUGAAGCAGUAGCUGUGAGUUUUGCUGAUAAAGCUUUCAAGAGCAUUUCCUCUGUGAUUCCAGUACUUGUAGCUCUCUCGUGUUUUGGUGCUUUGAAUGGAGGAAUCUUUGCUGCUUCAAGGAUGUUGUUUGCCGCUGCCAGGGAAGGACAGUGGCCAGCGCUCUUUUCAAUGAUACACCUUGAAAGACACACUCCUCUUCCAGCCUUGAUACUAAUGUUGCCAUUGAUCUACUUGAUGGUGUCCAUUGGUGACCUCUAUGGGCUGUUGAACUUUUAUAGCUUUUCACGCUGGUUCUUCAUAGGACUUGCCACCCUGGGGCUCAUGAUACAUCGUUAUCGGCAUCCAGAACUGCCAAGACCCUUUAAGGUGCCUUUGUUUUUCCCACUAGUGUUCACAAUAGCCUGUUUCUGCAUCGUGGGAACAUCCCUGUAUUCAGAUCCUGUGAACACCAGCAUUGGCUGUGCUGUGACUCUGUCUGGCUUGCCUGUCUACUAUCUGGUGGUACAGAAGGCUAGGAUCCCAGGCUGCUUCACAUCCAUGUUCAAUUCCAUCACAGUAAAAUUGCAGAUCCUGAUGAAAGUGGUGCCCCAGGAUGUCCUAACAUACUGAAGAAUGUGCAUCCCUAGGACCUUUCAAAUCUGUUCUUUGGGAGCUCCUCACACUCCAACCGUGUGGGAUACGCCUCCAAGUUCACUUUUAAACAAGAAGGGAGAAAACUGUGACAAGCCAUUCUUUCCUUACCAGCGAUUAGCCAGAGCAUUUGGAUAUCAGAAAAUUAAAGGGUGGUCUUGUUUUGGGCAAAAAACAUAACCCAGUUCUGCUUAGAUCAGGAGUGGGAAGCCUCAAGUCUCUCUGUCAGGCCUUAAGACUCUUUCUAGACCACAUCUCUCAUCAGCCUUGCUCUCUGCAUCCUCCCAGAGGGCUUUUGCCCUUGAACUAUGGUCAUGCCCCCGACUUGUCUGGAUAGAGGUGGGAGUCUGAAGAAAUCUCCGACUUUUGCAUGGUUGGAAUGUUAGGCCAGUAUUUCAAUCUCAGUAUAUAGGCUACUAGAGCAGAAAAAUUGGAACAGACCAAUGGUAAAUCUAGUACAGGGGUUGUUAAACUGUGGUCCACAGACCACUAAGGGUCAGUGAGCUUUGUUCAGGUGGUCUGCAGUUGUUCUGUUAAAACAAUGGAAAAGCAUACAG